UUUUCUUUUUAACAGGAAUCACAGUAGCAGGGAAGGGAAUUCUUCCUAAUGGACAGCUGAGCACAUCAGGACUCCUGAGAGAGAUUCUGAAAGCUGGAAUCAUGCUGAACAAGCCGGUGCUGGUGGAGUCCCUGGUGGUGUUUGCCAUCGUGCUCUCGGUGCACGGGGUGGUGUGGGACCGGUUCUCCUGGUGCGCCCUGGCCUUGGCCCUCCAGGCCUUCUACGUCCAGUUCAAGUGGGACCGGCUGCUCCAAGCGGGGGGAGCCGUGUUCCAGUUCCGGGGGGCGGCCAACAGCGGCCUCCUACCCGCCAGCAUGGUCAUCCCCCUGCUGGGAAUCGUCAUGAAGGAGCGGUGCCGGGCCGCCGGCAUCGUGUACUUCGAGCGCUUCGGGGUCGUCGUGGCCUCCACGGGGAUGCUGCUCGCGCUCUUCCUGUCGGUGCUGGCGGUUGGCAUCACCAAACCCGUGCCAACCAACACCUGCAUCCUGACUGGCAUGGCUGGCAGCGUCAUCGUCUACACCAUGAAACACUCCCUGGCUGUCUCAGAAGUCAUAGAGGUCCUGGAAGUGCUGCUCAUCUUUGUCUACCUCAGUAUGAUCCUGCUGUACUUGCUGCCUCGGUGUUUCACCCCCGGGGAAGCGCUGCUGGUUCUUGGAGGUGUGAGUUUUGUCCUCAAUCAGCUCAUUAAACGCUCACUGAAUGUGGUCGAGGGCAAAGGGGAUCCCAUUGACUUCUUCCUUCUGGUGGCAGUUGUUGGAGUUGUUCUCCUUGGUCUUUUUUUCACUGUGCUUUUCAGUUUCAUGGAUUCAGGCACGUGGAUCUCCUCCAUGUUCUUCCACAUGAUGACAGCAGUGUUGGGCUUAGGGGUCAUCAUGCCUUGGCUGUACAGACUCAUCCAGAGGAACCCUCUGCUCUGGCUGCUGCAGUUUCUGUUUCAGACAGAGACAAGACUUUACCUUCUCGUGUACUGGACCCUCUUGGCUGCCUCAGCCUGUGGGGUGGUUUUCUACCAGAACGCAAAGAGAUCGUCUGAAUCCAAAAAACACCAGGCCUCCACUAUCACCAGGAAAUAUUUCCACUUCAUUGUUGUAGCCACUUAUGUCCCUGGACUCAUUUAUGACCGUCAGCUCCUCUAUGUUGCUGCAGUGCUGUGCCUGGCAGUGUUUAUCUUCUUGGAAUACGUCCGGUACUUCCGGAUCAAACCCUUUGGCCAAACCCUCAGGCAUUUGCUGUCUCUCUUCUUGGAUGAAAGGGACAGUGGCCCUCUAAUCUUGACUCAUAUUUAUCUCCUCCUUGGCAUGUCCCUCCCAGUGUGGUUGUUCCCCAGAUCCUGUGCUCCCAAAGGCACCUUGUCUGGGGCAGGAGCACUGGUCCCCUACUCCGGAGUGUUGGCAGUGGGGGUAGGAGACACUAUUGCCUCUGUUUUUGGCAGUGCAAUGGGGGAGAUCAAAUGGCCAGGAACAAAGAAGACCUUUGAAGGGACAAUGACAGCUAUUUUUGCUCAGAUCAUUGCUGUGGCCCUGAUUCUGAUCUUUGACAGCAGUGUGAAUCUGAACUCCAGCUACGCCUGGAUUCUGGCAUCUGUGAGUUUGGUUUCUCUGUUGGAAGCUUAUACCACCCAAAUUGAUAACCUGCUGCUGCCUCUCUACCUCCAGAUCAUGUUCAUGGCAUAGAAGCACUUCCAGGAACAAAGGUUUCUCCCUUCCUAGAGAAAAGUGGUACUAGAAAAUGCACUGUAAUGGAAGCUCAAAGCUGACCUAAACACUACUUUUAGUACAGCAGAGAAAAUAGUUAAAAUCAGAAAUGAGACUUAUUUAAAAUAAAGGUUUUGGUUUGGUCUUGUUUUUUCCCCCUGUUGAAAACAGCCUGAGUUAGGUUCUCACAGCAACAAAUAUGACUGAUAAAAACAGCCUAUGUUUAAUAAUCCAACUAUCCAAGUUUCUUCUGGGGGUCCAGAGGCAAAAGAAGCAGAGGAAGAAGAGGUAAGUCAAUUAAAGGGGAAAAAAUAAAUCAGCAGAUCUCUCAGAUGUUGCCACCUCUGUAUUGUACCUUGUUUUCCAUACUGAGUCCUGCAUCUUGUAUUAGUGAACAUGUGAACUCUCAUUUCUGCAUGAGCACCAUGUAAAGCAUGUUUGAUAACAAGGGUGGGCACUCAGAGCAGGUACAAGAGUCCAAAUGUGUCCAGUCCAUCAGCAAGAACCACAAACACAACUCCAAACUCAGUACCUGCCACAUCCAUGGUGGGUGGGGAAGGUUUGGGAAUGUCAGACACUACUCAUUCCAAGCCCUAACUAAUAACAACAGUACAUUUUUAGCCCUGAAGUUCUAUUCAAUGAGAAGAAUGUUUUGUCUUUCCCAAGAUUUUAAUCUCUAAAUCCAUUUGGAAUGAAUAUGGGGGGGUGGAAUUAAGCAAAGUCACAGCUAAAACUAAUUACACAUUAAUUCUGAAAGCAGAAAAUCUGUUCAAGUCAAUAAAA